AGACCAAAACCUCUGCCGUGGUCGACCCCCUCUCAUCUCUCCGUCUUCGUCCGCAAUCUCCAAUUCCUGAACCUCCAUCACCACCAAGACUGGCCGGGCAUCAGCGUUCGUGCCCUAUCGCCCUCGUCGCAGAACCAACGCCAGCGCAUAAAAACUGUGGAGUGGGCAUUGUAUCAUCUCUGCGCAAUCUGGGAUCCGGAAGUAACACAUGAUAAACUACGCCCUUUUUUCCCUCCGUUGGAAGCAUUACAGUCGGUGAACCUCCGUGCCGCUUUGUUUCGGGUGCUGUCAGAUAUAAAGAAAAAUGGCGACCUGGGAAAGGAAACAAUACUACGCAAAUCGAUGUUGGACGACUGCAAGGGGGAGAAAUUUGAUGAGCUGCUGGCUGUUUUCUCUACAGCGGUUCUGCGUAAAGUCUUGACCGCCUCGCUUGACAGGAGACAGUUGAACCCAGCUCUAAUGCUGUCGUUGGCGAAUGGUAUUUCCCCUGAGGAUUACCAGCUUGCGCUACCUCUUCUCCUGGCGCAUCGGGUCUCGCUUGGAUCGACCGGGGAGCGUCGCACUCGCGUUUUGAAUACAUAUGACAAAUUUUCGCAAUUACUGGAUAAAAAGAAAGUUCAGUUGGAACAACAGUCUCAGGACAACCCGCGGUCAGUCCCUGACGAACCGACGGAUUUCGGACAUUUCGCGGAGCAGAUGCAGACAAAUUGGCUGGGUAGCAAAGAAUGGGCAAACGACCUGCUUUAUGGUGGAUCGCAGAGCAGCAGCGAUGCGUUCCUGGAAUUACCAUUCGCAAAAGCCUGGGCAAAGGCGAAAGAAUCAACCGUAGAAGAUCUCAAAGCCGGUUCCUCUCGCGAUCUCUUACUUGAUCUUGAAUCGCGGGUAUCGCGCCAACGGGAUCGACUGAGCAGAUGGCGCGAAUAUAGCGGCAAUGCAACCCAGGAGAAUGGACCGGCCAAUGUGGACUCGUUCCCCUCGGCCAAUGCUGCAAGGAACAGUUCAGUGGUUUUCAGAGACCACCAGGCGCUCACUGUUGCCAGUAUCGCUAAGGCAGUUCGAGAGCCUGAGAGUCGUGCUAAACCUACUCAGCAAGACCAAUCCCUUCUGCUUUCUAUGAAUGAUGCACUCGCGCGCAUCGACGGCAAGACGCGCUCGUCUUUAGGGGAAACGAAAUCCCAGACAUCUCCUAAGCCCGCAAAGCCUGUCACCAGCACUCUAUCGCACGAUCCUAGUCCCCGUCCGCAAGAAUCCGCACCAACUAUCGAAACCGAGCCGGAACCUAUUCCGUCCCCGGACGACAACAAUCACAUAGACCCACAGCCUUCCAUUGACUACACAUCCCCCAGCAUAACCCUCACCGAACCAGACCCUGAACCCAGGCUCUUCGCCCUAGCCGAACGAACCCGCAAAUCCAUGUCCCUUAUCGCCCCACGCCCCAGUCUCCCACCAGAAGAAAAAUCCUCCCGUCGCCAAAACCGAACGUCCUUCCCCGUGAACCCAUACCAAACUCCGCCGAAAAAAGCACCUCCUAGGGUGCAGACUCCGCAGGAUCAGCUCUUUGAGGAGAGUGCGGAUUAUGCGAGUGUGUUUAAGUCGCGGCCACUUAUUGCGCAAAGUCCUGUUUCUUCUCCGGUUGUGCAUGUUAGUCCGCUGGGGGAUUUUGAUUUGGAGACGGAUGUGGAUGCGGAGGCUGAUGUUGAU